AUGCUGCAACGACUUGCCAUCCUCGCCUCGGCGGUGGGCGUUUGCCAUGCAACAACUCAGAUCGUCACCGGCGCCACUCUUUUCGUCGGAGACUCAACGCCCAUCGUGAGCACCUCGUAUGCCCAGUUCCAAGGCAAGAAUGACGACAGAACUGGUACCUCGAACUACCUUGGCAUUCCUUAUGCUACUGCGGCGCGGUUCAACCACUCGGUACUAGCCGAGACCGUCGUCUCCGGCGUGCAAAACGUCUCAGCCUACGGCGCCGUCUGCCCGCAACACGAGCUUCCCUCCUCCAUCGAUCCCUCUGUGCUGCCCCUGGGCAGUCUCUCCGGCACACUCGUUGCCGCACUCUCGCAGUCUACCCUAGAGCAGAGCGAGGACUGCCUCUCGAUCAACAUCCACGUACCGCAGAACACCAGCAGCACCGCCGGCCUGCCCGUCCUGGUGUGGAUCCACGGCGGCGGUUUCGAGGCUGGCGCAGGCGGCUCGCUGAUGCAGGCUGAUGUCGAGAACCCCGGCGUAGUCUACGAGGCCGCCAACAUCGUCGAGCGUAGUGUCGCCAUGAGACAGCCCGUCAUCGUGGCCUCGAUCAACUACCGCCUGAACCACUUUGGCUUCAGCGCCUCUGAAGGGCUGGCUGCCGCUGGCUUGCUGAACCUGGGUUUUGGUGACCAGCGCAAUGCUCUCCGCUGGGUCAACAAGCACAUAGGCUCCUUUGGCGGUGACGCCGACAAGGUCACUAUCUGGGGCGAGAGUGCGGGUAGCUGGUCAGUGGCUGCGCAUCUUGUAGCCAACGGCGGUGACAACGAGGGGCUCUUCCGGGCGGCCGUGGGCAGCUCGGGUGGACCGCUUAAAGUUGACGGUCCGGCGAGACAGCAGGAUACCUUUGACUCCCUAGCUAGUUACGUUGGAUGUAGUGACGCCGCGGACGUGAUCGCCUGCCUGAGGGAAGCGUCAUACAACGACAUCUACGCGCACAUGCAGACGGUACCAUACUUCCUCGGCUACAAUAGCUUGGCCUCGUCUUGGACCAUCCGCCCCGACGGCGAAGUCUUCACAGACAGCCCUGACAAGCUUGUCAGCGCGGGAGCCAUUGCCGACGUAAUGGACUACUUCCUGAGGACCUGGUGGCCCAACGCAACCGAUGCCCAACUUGAGCAGAUUCUCACGCUGUACCCGGCCAACCAGACGGCCGGCUCGCCUUUCGGCACGGGCGAGAACAACGCGCUCUACACGCAGUUCAAGCGCAUCUCGGCCAUCACUGGCGACUACAGCUUCGAGAGCCAGCGUAGGCAGCUGCUUGAUGCCGCGCCGGGCACCAAGUGGAACUAUCAGGUCGACCAGGCGCUGCCCGCGGCUGUACUGGACGGCUCGGCGACGCUGGGCGCUGUCACGGCGGCUGAUUAUGCUAAUGCUAGCGCCCUCGAGGCCAUCCCGUACCUGGGAAGUUUCCAUGCGAGUGAUGUCGUGUUAAACUUCUUUGGUACGCUGCCGGCGAACAAUUCUCGCCAUAUGAUGGGUACCCUGAUUGCGUUCGUCAACAACUUAGAUCCCAACAAGCACGACAUGAGCGAUGUGCCAACUUGGCCGCAAUAUGAGUCGACCAGCCGGUCAACAAUCCUGUGGAGCGAGUACGGCGCAGAGAUCGUGGCUGAUGACUACCGCGAAGAGGCGAUCGCGUACCUGAAUGAGAUUGGGGAUUCCUUGCGGAUCUAA